UGGGCAUUUUUGUUGCUGUGUUUCCAUCCGCCGGCGAUUGUGUCUUGUUUGGCGAUUUGAUACAAUUUUUCUGAUUGUUUCUAUUUCGCAUUAUAAAUAUUUAAUGGGUUUAAACUGCUGGGAAAUAUAAAAUCUUAACUUUAGGAUCAUGGUUUAGUGUAUUGCCGGGGUUACGUGCCAAAGAGCAUAACAAAAGAUAAGUCUAAAGUAAACCACCAGCAACAAAAAGCGCUUGGUUAGUUUGUGAUAAGUGAGGUGGAGUGUGCGACGUUCAAGCAGCCAGACAAGCUGAAAAAUUAAAUAUUGUAGUAAAAAUAUCGGAUUGUCGUUAUUGUAGAAAAGAUUUUCUAAUAUUUUUGCAUUUCCCUAGAGACUUUCGAGAGCUACUUGUCAUUCAAGGCCAACUGGUUAAAACAUACGAAGAAAAAACUAAAAUGACCUCGGUUAUCAAGUAUAUGUCGCUACUGACCACCUGCUCGGUGUUUGCAGCUUUAAUCUCCAUCGUUUGGCAAGCAUUUUUGUCACUAAAGCAGCUAAAUAAAAUAACUACAAUACUCACUGGACUCCUGGCUAUAGAAAGUAGCUUAAAAAGACCACUCCAGGCGCCAAAGGUCGCAGUUGGUUACGGUGCUUGCACCGAUUUGCUGCUCCAUGCAACCGAAUUUCUAAACUAUACCAACGAUUUGGUAAAGGGUAUCGGUCCAGAAUUUACAGUGAAUGAGGUGAAUGACAAGCAAGAACUAUUGCAAACGUUUGCCUACUAUUUCCAAAAUGGUGCAGCUGCAGAGCGGAUUAUGCCCAACACCGAACUUUUUCGGGAACUAAUACAGAUAGCCAAGUCUCGGCAUCGCAAUGGUAUACAAUGGUUUCUUGGCGGCAAUGCGCCUCUAAUGGGUACUCGUUUUCACCUGGAAGGAGCCAAUGUGUUGCUGGGAGCGCGAAUGUCACGAAAAUUGCGUCGACUUGUGCCAGCGGAUAUAAAAAUUGCAGGCGAUGAAAUUCCCGAAGAUGACAUCCAUCUCAUAUUGGAAUAUAAGUCGGGCGACACAUGGGGCCCGUUUAAAGCGCCACGUGCCAACCGCUAUAUACUGCACAGCGAUCAAAAUAAUCCACAUUUGAACUCCGUUGAGCACUUCGACGCAGCUUUACGUAGUUUCCAACCACGUUUGCUAGUCAUUAGUGGUCUACAAAUGAUGGAUAGCUAUAGGUUUAUCCCGGGGGUGCGUGAAGCCCGUCUUCUCAAAGUCCAAGAUCAAAUCACUUCACAAGCACCAACGACAUUGCAACAUUUCGAAAUGGCAAGCUAUGUCGAAAUUGAACUAUUGCAACUUUUGCGUCAAUAUGUGCUACCCUAUGUGGACUCAUUGGGCAUGAACGAGCAAGAGCUGGAAAAUUUGCGUCAAGUACUUACACAUGGGCGCACCACACUUGCAACUGAUUGGAAUCCACGAGUUGCUACCGCACUAGAUCAAAUGCGCUCCGUAUUUCAAAUAUUGGCACAAGAUUACUUCAGAAAUGUUACUGGCUUGUCGCAUAGACGCCUAUUGACGCGCAUACACGUGCACACUCUUGCCUACCAAGCACUGCUGACCGUACGUGAUUCACGGUGGGAACGAACACAACUAGCUGCGGCCAAAGCAGCGCUUACUGCUCACCGACAUGUUUGCCAAACAGAUAUGAUCAAUCCUGAGGCCGCAUCACUAGUCUUAGAUGACAGUUUUGCUACUACAGCAAAGGA